UGAAAAUUGUGCGAAAAAAAUAAAUGAAAAAUUGCAUAACCUCUGCUGGAUUAUCAUCAUUUUUGAGUAUUAUUGCAAAAAAUUUGGUGAUAAAGGAUAAUUUUAAUGAAAUCUUGUAAAUAUGUCGUUUAUGUUCGCAAGUCGUGUUGCAUUCAGACAUCUGAACGAAGUGAACAAGUGUUUUUUCAAUCACAACUUGAGACGAUUCGUUGCAACGAAACCAAAUGAACGUAAAACACAUAAUUUAAAAGCUGCAUUAACCGGUGUUGCGAUCGGAGUACUUGCUGGAGGAGGAUAUUCAUUUUACCAGAAAAAGGAACCGGAUUUCAGCGCCAACGUUAGAAUAGUACAGAAUAAUGAUAGAAUUUCGUCGUUCCCCAAAGUAGAAAUCUCUAGAAAAAUUGUAGUACCAAACGAUGCCUCUGGCUUAGAAGUCACAUUAUUCCAAUACCCCACUUGUCCUUUUUGUUGCAAAGUUCGUGCUUUCUUAGAUUUCUAUGGUAUUUCAUACGAUGUCGUGGAAGUGAAUCCUGUUCUCAAACAACAAAUGAAAUGGACGGAUUACAAAAAAGUUCCUAUCGUCCUGAUUAAAUCUGGUAAUAAAUACCUGCAAUUUAAGGACAGUACUAUGAUUAUUUCUGGUUUGGCGACGUAUUUUAGAGAUAAACAUAUCGGUUUAGACAGUAUACAAGAAUACUAUCCAAUUUCACAAGAUUCUGACAACCCUAAGAAAAUAGAAAUAAUGAAUAAGUAUUUUGUAAUGGAUGGACAGAGAACUGAAAAGGCUUUAGAACGAGAUAAGGAUGAACGAAAAUGGAGAAAAUGGGCUGAUGAUGUUUUAGUGCAUAUGCUAUCGCCGAAUGUGUAUAGAACCACUGAUGAAGCUCUACAAGCAUUUAAUUGGUUUUCUGAAGUUGGCGAGUGGGAUAAACUAUUUUCAGGUAUAGAAAGAGCAUUUGUUAUUUAUGUAGGAGCAUUUGUCAUGUGGAUGAUAGGAAAAAAAUUACAGAAAAAGUACCACCUCAAAGAAGACGUCCGCCAAUCGUUGUACGAUGAAUGUAAUAAAUUAAUGAAAGAACUUGAAACCAGAGGGACACCGUUUCUGGGAGGUCAAGAACCAAAUUUGGCAGAUUUGGCCAUUUAUGGCAUUUUAAGCAGCAUUGAAGGUUGCCUCGCAUUCCGUGAACUUUUGGAAAACACGAACAUCGGAUCUUGGUUCUUCAAGAUGAAAGACGCUGCUCAAAAACACGACGGACAAAAAUUAUUGAUGUAAAACUGUUACUAUAGGUUACACCAUGCUAUGUGUAUUGUGUACAUCAUGCUUUUAUUAUUAUUUACGAGUAUAUGUGAUCACUUAUUAAAAUGUUCAAAUUUAGAA